GGCAAGACAAGAUUUUAUAGCAUAGGUAGUUAUGCUAUCUCAGUGUGUCUUCAUGAAAUCUGAGCUAUGUCGUUUUUUUUUCAUUAACAUUGGAAUGCUUUUUGUGAUAAUGCGUCAUUUACAGCGUGCAUCUGUUCAAUUUUCACUCUCUUUUUUAAUCUAUACAAAAGUAAUAUAAGCUAUGUAUACAGGCAACACUAUAAUGCAUUUCCUACUUGAUUCGACAACUUGCAUACAAUACUGUGAGCAAACAGUGCAAAAAAUGAGACAAAGUCAAACAGACAAACAACUUGUAUGUGCAAGUUUACUGCAACAAAAAAUCAGUGCUAAAAAUUUCGCCAGAAAGUGACAUUCACUCAUGUCUAGUUCCAAUUCUUGAAGUUAUUGUGCAAUCUAUAGUUGGGUCAUAAUAAAAAUGCUCAUUUUUUUAAUAUUAUGUAAUAUAUAUUAUUUGAACUAACUUUUUGAUUUAAAGUUAAUCGAACAAAUCACUAUUCACCCAUUCCUAAUAAACUCUGAUACAGUCAGAGUGAUGAUAAUGUGUGCAACAAAUGUCUGCCCAACUCCUUUUCAAAAUGCGUGAUUAAGGGCUGACUGGUGCACGUGUUUUCUUUUUCUUAUCUCGAGUGCUUCAAAGAUGUUGUCUUCGAUCCGAUUUCAAUAUUAAGAGAGGAUCCCAGUGAUUAAAGAGCAGAGCACAGCGUGGAAUCUAUGAAGCGUUUGAGAUGAAAAAGAGAACACAUGCACCCGCGACCCCUCUAUUGCAGUUUUUGAAAAAGUGAUAGUGUUUGUUUCAUAUUAAGCAUGCCAUUUUGAGGCAGGGCAGACGUCCAUUGCAAUUUCAUCGUUGUGACCAUGUGACAGUUUCUGUUUGGUUAUUAUUCUUAUUGUUAUCAUAUUUUCUGUUUCAAUGAACUUGCACACAGUGCGUCAGCUUGUUUCUACGCCUUCAUCUCAUUUUCGCUCUGUUUCCUCACAAUAUUGUGUACCAAGUAACCGUCUAAGACACCCUUACAUACAAUGAUGUUUCAGUAAAUGUUGUGGCGCAGCAACUUAUUGGAUGAUAAAGGAACACACGUAAGCAUGAUAAGUAAAUAAUUUUUAUUAAAAGAAGAAUAGGAAGCAACAUCUCCUACUCAUCACUCUUUAGUGCUAUUUUAUUCAGCCCUUUGGUUUAAAGUUCUGCUGCCAUGUUUCGCAAUGGUGAAUAAGAAACUACUUAGCAGUGCUUUAAUUUCACAGUAUAUUAAACAGAUGCAGAAAGGAAACAGCUGCGUGACGAGUUCGUUUUGCUCUAUUUAUCGACAUGCAACGUACGAAACUCUGCCGAAUGUCUUGGUUUCAGGCACUGUACCACUUCUGUUCCAAAUUUUGAUCUUGUUGUGAAUCAUCGUUACAUACAGCUCUACUAUGUAGCUUAUCCAUGCACAAAUAGAAAGAACUGAUAAGUUCUCGUUCUCUUUGUCCGUUGUUACCUUUUUUGCGCUUCAGCUGUUUAAGAUAAGUCUUUAUCAAUAAUCCCACCCUGAGAAGUGCCACCUGGAUUAUGUUUAUAGUCACUAGGGGAACUGACUAGUGUUGACGCAAACGGCUGGCUUGCGGUGUUACACUUUUAUCUGUCUCGUUUUCAUAAGUGGUGGUUGUGUAUGUAAGCCAUGAGGAGCUUGGAACGAACUUCGCCGACCCCCAGUUUGUCUGGUUGCGUCAAUACUUGUUAUCGCAUGUGGGGUAUCUUUGCAAACGUCUUUUUUCAUCAGUAUUAUAGCAUGAUUAACAUCUCAAUUUUAACAUAGGUUGCUUUGAAAAUACUCUUACAAGGUGGCUAAACCAGAUUUAAAUUAUUUUGUUGUGGCAUAUUUAGAGGUCUUGAAAAUUGUAUCAGUAAUGUUACACAAGUAAUGCACAGUGAAAAAAAGAAUAUCGCCUGUUUUUUUGACAUUUUAAUGUUUAACUACAAGACUACUUCAGAUGAUUUGGUCGUGGGAGUUGUAUGAUGCUUGAAAGAAAUGUAAAAUUAUAAUGUGUGAUUGCCAUGUCUAAUGCAUGUAUUUUCUUUAUUUUUCAGAGUACAGUGCAUGUGACUAACAUCAGAGUCACAAGAAUGCAAAAAAUUUUGUUUAGCCUCGCUCAUUUGUGUGUUGUCAAUACAGUGCAGGAAUCGCUACGAAUAAAAUCUGCAAGCCUGUUUAUAUAAACAGAAAUGAAGAGUGCUUAUGGUGUUGGAAAAAUAGCUAACAGUUUAUCGUGGCAGAUGCUGAUGAACUUUUAUCAAAGGGGGAAAAUGCAGAGACCCGGAUUCAUCGCAAUCUUCGAAUACCCUGCCAGCUGCCAAUCUCUGGCGCAGUGUGGACGGCGAUGAACAGACCGAUGGGGCUUGGGCUGCACGUUUGCACUCUCCUAUGCAGGAAGAGUCAGCGGCCAGUGGGAGCCACUGCAGAGCUGCAGCCAACUCUUCGAUGCGUCCGUAUCAGUGCACGUACUGUCCACUGGGAUUCAAUAUCGAAUCUGACCUGGUCCGACAUGAACGCACACACACGGGAGAGCGACCCUUUCGCUGUGAGCAGUGUUCAAUGACUUUUAUUCGCAAGGACCACCUAAGGGUUCACAUGCGUUGCCACAGUGGUGAGCGGCCCUUCACGUGUGGCCUGUGCACCAAGAGGUUCACCAGGAUGGACAGCAUGCGCCGGCACGUCAAGAUGUGCCACCCUCAUGGUGUUGGAUACAACGAGUACUGCCAUUAUAUUCUGACAUCCCCAUGCUGUGCGGCAAACUGUGGGUUUCUUCUCACACCAAGGACAUGUCUCUGUAUUGUGUUAGAAGGCAACGAGCCAACAUGCCUUCAGACCUUAAAGGAAAUGACCUUCAGCCUGCCAUCGUCACACAACACGGCCACCUACAUGCAUAGCCGCAUGGUCACGGCAGCAGGUCGCAGCCCGUUCAGGCGCGAGCUGCAGCGCAUCAGGGCGGUGGUUCGCUACAAUGCUGCAUCGGCAACCUCCAGCGGAGGAAUGGCCGUGCCGGAGCGGAACAUGGCUGCCUCUCUCCUGAAGUCGUUCAUUGCCACCUGUGCCCAAAGAGCAUGGCAGCAGCAACUUAUGGGAGCCUCGUCAACAGACCCCUGGGGCACCAGCAGUACUGGCUAUGGCUCUGUCUACGACCCGGUGUUGCGAUCGGCUGCCAACAGUGGUUCAAACGAGCCUCGAGACGGUGGGUCCAAGACAGGUCGCUUGCAGUGCCAGUACUGCUCGAAGCGGUUUGCCUUCCGCAGCCAACUGGUGCCGCACCAGCGAAUUCACACGGGUGAAAAGCCCUUCAAGUGCCCCUACUGCGGAAAGUGCUUUGCCUGGAAGCACAGCAUGGGGUUACACAUGCGGAUCCACACAGAGUCAAUGCGCGUGCCCAUGCGGGGAAUGGCGAUGCGAGCCUCCCUCGCUCAGCCGUGGAGGUUCCCGCAGGCAUUUUCCCAAGUGGUGACGCAGGCGCAGCCAACCAACAUUCUGCGGCCUCACGUGGCUGACGAACACACACCUGGCACAUUGCGGCAAGAAGGCCAGAUGCUGCGUGGGCUGCUGGCGUCUGAGGUUUCCUACCCUGAUCAGGAGCACUCUCAGGGAGGCAGGGCAAGUCCGGAUGAGCUGCCACCACCAACAGAGGCUGAAGUGCAGCAGUUUCCAGUGAAAUUAUCGUUGCCCACGUCUAGUUAA